GCUGUUCAGCGGUAAUUAAUCAAAGGGGCUGGAUGAUGAGUAUAAAAGAUGGCCCUCUACUGUCCUCAGAAACACCACAUCACGACCUUCCGCUCCAAGACGAAAAUCGCGACCCCCUCAAGAUGCGCCUCCUUUCCGUCUUGACGGUCGCCUCCUGCGCCGCAUCUGUGAGCGCUUCGCCAGCCUCCAAGAGCUCAGCCCUUGUCACUCGCCAAAAGGCAUCAUUGCCUCACAGCUUCAAGUGGUCGUCGACCGCUCCGCUCGUUGGGCCAAAGGACGACGGCCGCGAAAUUGCCGCCCUCAAGGACCCGUCAAUCGUUGAAAUUGAUGGCACCUACCACGUCUUUGCCAGCACAGCCAAGGCUGAUGGCUACAAUCUCGUCUACUUCAACUUCACCGACUUCUCCAAGGCCAACUCCGCUCACUUCUUCUACCUCGAUCAGAGCCCCAUCGGGGAGGGCUACCGAGCGGCGCCCCAAGUUUUCUACUUUGCGCCACAGAAGCUCUGGUACCUCAUCUACCAGAACGGCAAUGCCGCCUAUUCGACCAACGCGGAUAUUCGCAACCCAGCUGGCUGGACGGCGCCCCAGGUCUUCUACCGGGCCGGCAUGCCGGCCAUCAUUGAGCAGAACAUUGGCCAGGGCUACUGGGUCGAUAUGUGGGUGAUUUGCGACAAGCACAACUGCUACCUGUUCUCGUCGGACGAUAACGGCCACCUCUACCGUUCCCACACCCGACUGGGCGACUUCCCCAACAACAUGAGCGAGCCCGUCAUCGCGCUGGAGGACCUGGACAACAAGUACGCAUUGUACGAAGCGGCGUGUGUCUACGCGAUCCGCGACGGCACCUGCCCGGAUAAGUACCUCCUGCUCAUCGAGGCGAUCGGAUCGGAUGGACAGCGGUACUUUCGCUCGUGGACAUCCAACAAGAUCGACGGCAGAUGGAAGCCACUCGCGGACACCGAGUCCAACCCGUUUGCAAGGUCGAACAAUGUCGUCUUCGAGACGGGCGUGGCUCCAUGGACCAAGAGCAUCAGCCACGGAGAGGUGGUGCGGACGCUGACGGACCAGACGCUCACCAUCGACCUGUGCAACCUGAGAUUCUUGUACCAGGGCAUGGACCCGAGCACCCCUGCGAGCACGCCUUACAACGCGCUGCCCUGGCGGCUGGGGCUGAUUACCCUGACAGACCCUACUUGUUGAGGGCUUGAGAUGUACGGCGGCAACGGGUGAAGGUUUAAUAGCAACGCCUUGUCUAGAAGCUGGAAUACUAAUACUGUGACUGAAUUUUCAGUUGUUGAACCGUUGGCUGCUGUGAUCUAUGAAGAGGUUGUGGUCUCGUGGUUAGCCUGUGCAGCAGCACCCACUUGUAAAACAGCCAUACUGCUGUGAAGUCCCCAGGUGUUACGAGGAUAAUAGUGCGAACCAGCAUCAUGUUUCGAAGCUCUGCAGGGAUCCAUCGCUUCCUGGGACACAUACUAUCUAACUGCUUCAACUAGCGAUAAAGGGC